CUAUAUAUCUACAAACCCAAAUAGGAGCACCCACAAUCCCGAAUCCCAGGAAAACCAGCUGGGUCUGUUCUCACAGGAGCCACAGCACAGAGAUUAGGAAACAUGGCUCCAAAACUUUGGCUCCUGCUGCUGCUGGGGUUCAUGGGAAUAAUUAUCUCAUUUCAGGCCCCACCAGGUCAUUUAACCUGGGCUCAGUGGUUUGAAAUCCAGCACUUAAUUAUGGCCCACCCCCGAUGUGAUGAUGCAAUGCGGGUAGUUAACAGAUACAGAAGGCAAUGCAAAUCCAAAAAUACAUUUCUACAUACAAGUUUUGCCUCUGUUGCUCAAGUUUGUGAAACCCCAAAUAUAACCUGCCUUACAAGCCCCAGUACAAAUUGUCAUAACAGUUCAGUUCAGGUGCCUUUGGUUGACUGUAACAUCACCAGAAAAACAAAGGAUUAUAUGAACUGCAGAUAUCAAAAUGUACCAGCAACCAAGUUCUACGUAGUUGCUUGUGCCAAUAGAUCUGUGCAAGACAAUACCACAUAUCCACUUGUUCCGGUUCACUUGGAUGGGACAUAUUAGCUCCUGGAUCAGCACUUUGUGAUGUGGCUCAUCCGCCAGCUCCCAAGCCCUCUGUCCACCCUGGAUGUCAUCACCUGUCCUCAAGGAACCAGUCCCCAGCCCCGUUCAAGCUUAGCUCAACUGAAGCACCCUGUGAGCUGUGCAAUAAACCUCUUUGAAAACAAA